GAGUGUUCAGAUAGUGCAGCACAUAUGCUAGCUAGCAAGGAUAGCUGUAGUUGAGCAGGCAGGCUAUCUACCAUGCAAUUGCUGCACUAACAAAUGUCAGGAAAUUAAAAUCCUAGUGACACUGGUCGGUAUGAUCAGGAGCAUCUCGGUAGCUUGCCUGAUAGGUAGCUAUAUAGUAAGUACACUAUAAGGGACACGUAGUUCUUGUUCUAAUGGUUUGUAUUCGGAACUGGCGACAGGGGGCGGCAGACCUGUUGCUAAGAAACAGUCUGUGGGAGGCAGCCAGGAUGAUGGAGGAAAGGGAUGCAGGAGGAUUGUUUUUGCCGUAGUGCCCGGGGAAAUUAUCUUUAUAUGUAUAUGACCCUUUCAACAAGAAUAGCCAUCAAUCAUUAAAAUAUUGGACUCGCAGUUGUGUGCGUCUGACGCUAAUUUAUUAUAAUAAAUGGUUUUGGAGCUGGUAGCGCCCGCGAGUGCAGGCCCCUUGCUGCAGCGCUCCAUUCCGUAUAUCGAGCGUGUUUUCCGGGUAAGGGUCAGCCACGGCUCCGCUGAGUCAAACUGCGGCAGCGCCAAUGCCAGUGACAGCAGCUGCAGCAUCACAGUGAAUAUCGAAGAGGGCGAGGAAGGUGACUGCACAAAGGCAAAAGACUAUAUAGCAUCUCUGAUUUCACCAGCACACAGAAGAAAGGAGCGUCUAACAUUGGCCCUUCACAAACGGCUGCUGGCGCUGAAGUCAGCCAUUGAAUAUGACUCGCAGGCCGUGGUGGAGGUGAGGGAGCGCACGGUGGAGAUCUCUGGAGGUGAGCGCAACGUAAUGACAGCUUGGUCCAUGCUGGAGAAGCUGAAAAUGGAGAAACGCUCCUCCAGAGAAGAAGUCAGUGCUCUGAAGGAGGCCUUGGACCUCAGCGGGGAGUCAGAGGAGGGCAGCAGCUCGGAGAGCGAGGCAGAGCAGGCGAGCGGCAGCGGCGGCAGGAGGAGAGAGCCGCUCAUUUCCACCAAGCCCCACCGGCAGCUGUGCCGCUCGCCCUGCCUGGACCGGCCCAGCUUCUCCCAGAGCAGCACCCUGCAGGAGCUGCGUGCCGACGACGUCAAGGCCGCCGCCGCCGCUGCCUGCAAGCCCGGCGGCGACAGGGAGUACCAGGCCAAGAUGGAUUUCGCCUUGAAGCUGGGCUACUCCGGAGAGCAGAUCGAGACAGUGCUGAACAAACUGGGAGCCAGCUCCCUCAUCAACGACAUCUUGGCUGAGCUGGUUAGACUGGGCAACAAAGGCGAGGUGGAGGCUCAGGCCAGUGGCUGCACCAGCACCGCCACGCUUGUACCACGGGGCCCCUGCCCCAAGGAAAUGGCCAGUCCCGAGGUGUCACUGGAGGAUGAAGCUGUGGACAAUUUUGAUAACCUGAGACCAAUAGUUAUAGAUGGGUCGAAUGUGGCAAUGAGCCAUGGAAACAAAGAGGUAUUUUCUUGCCGUGGUAUCCAGUUGGCAGUGGACUGGUUCCUGGAGAAAGGACACAAAGACAUCACCGUGUUUGUUCCAGCAUGGAGAAAAGAGCAGUCCAGGCCUGAUGCCCCCAUUACAGACCAGGAAAUCUUGAGAAAGCUGGAGAAGGAGAAGAUACUGGUCUUCACUCCAUCUCGGAGGGUCCAAGGAAGGAGGGUGGUGUGCUAUGAUGAUCGCUUCAUCGUCAAGCUGGCGUGCGACUCGGAUGGCAUCAUCGUGUCCAACGACAACUACAGGGACCUCCAGAAUGAGAAGCCAGAGUGGAAGAGAUUUAUUGAGGAGCGACUUCUGAUGUACUCCUUCGUGAACGACAAGUUCAUGCCUCCAGAUGAUCCUUUGGGAAGACAUGGCCCAAGUUUGGAGAAUUUUCUUAGAAAGCGUCCCGUUGUUCCCGAGCACAAAAAGCAACCAUGUCCUUAUGGGAAGAAAUGCACUUAUGGACACAAAUGCAAGUACUACCAUCCUGAACGUGCAAACCAGCCACAGAGAUCCGUGGCGGACGAGCUGCGGGCUUUCGCCAAGCUCUCAGCAGUGAAGACUAUGAGCGAGGGGGCCCUAGCUAAAUGCGGCGUGGGGUCCGCAGCUGCAAAAGGGGAGAGCAGCUCGGAAGCCAAGCGCGUCGCUCCCAAACGCCAGUCGGACCCAAGCAUCCGCUCGGUGGCAUGUGAACCCGAGGAGAGACUGUCAGUCGCCCGAAAGCCCGAGGCCAACUCCGUGCCUUCCCUUGUGUCUGCCCUCAGCGUGCCGACCAUGCAGCCCGCCAAAAGCCAUGCGGCAGGUGCCUUGAACACCCGGUCGGCCAGCAGCCCCGUGCCCGGCUCCUCGCAGUUCGCCCGCAGCUCCCUGGAGAGCAUGUCCAGCGUGCAGUACCCCCCCAUCCUGGUCACCAACAGCCACGGCACCUCCGUCAGCUACAGCGAGCAGUUCCCCAAGUACGACUCCGUUGGCGACCACGGCUACUACUCCAUGCUGAGCGACUUCUCUAACAUGAGCCUGAGCAGCAUGCACAACACGGACAGCUUCUACAGCAUGGAGCACGAGCACAGCAUGUACCAGAGGAACCCCAGCCCCUGCCCGGAGCCCUGCCUCAGCCACUCCAACAGCGACUCCUUUUCCUCCUAUGGGGACCUGUACCUGAGCUCUGUGGACAGCAGCCUGGAGGAGAACGUGAAGGGACACCCGUCCUCCUCCCAGAACAGACUGCAGGCUUUCACACACGGGUUCCACCAUGAGGCCUUGACCAGGGUCCAGAGCUACGGCCCAGAGGAGCCUAAGCAGGCCCCCCGCAAGCAGUCUGUGUCCCACCUGGCCCCGCACAUCCAGCACCAGGUGGUCGGAGCCAGGUCCAGCUGCCCAGGGGACUAUCCCCUACCUCAGACCGUCCACCCGACGUCCGCCUCUCAGCCCGGCCGCUCCCUGGGCAUGACCCGCAUGGACAGCAUAUCGGACUCUCGGCUGUACGAGAGCAACCCCAUGAGGCAGCGGAGGCCACCCCUGUGCCGGGAGCAGCACGCCAGCUGGGACCCCCUGCCCUGCGGGACUGAAUCCUAUGGAUACCAUUCGUACCCUCUGAGCAACAGCCUGAUGCAGCCGUGCUGCGAGCGGGUGAUGGUGCGCAGCAUGCCGGAGAAGAUGGAGCAGAUCUGGAGGUCCCCGUGGGAGGCCCUGCCCACCGAGCACCAGGAGCGCCAUGUCAUCCCGGAGCACCAGUACCAGACCUACCGCAACCUCUGCAACAUCUUCCCCGCCUACAUUGUCCACUCCGUCAUGGAGAAGAACCCGCACAUGACGGACCCGCAACAACUCGCUGCUGUUAUCGUCACCAAGCUGAGGUCUUGCCGCUAAGUGUUUCAUUUUGAAGGCAAAAAUCAGUAUAAUAUUAUAUAUUC